ACACACACACACAAAAUGUCCGAAAAUAUUUUCCAUGUACGAUCCGUAUAAAUUUCAUUGCAAAAGCCCUAUAGCCCUUUCUCUGCCUUCCAAUCCAGUCGUCUACGUCGUCAAUUGUCGUAACCGUCGAUCAGAUCUCAGAAAUCGAAAUAAAGAACCCGAAUGCUUCAACUCCAAGAACUAAUCAAAGCGAAGAUCUGAGCUGCGAUGGGUAAACGAGAGGCUACAGCUUAGAACUUGUGAAGCAAAGAUGGUGAAACUGACAAUGAUAGCGCGUGUCACUGAUGGGCUUCCACUAGCAGAGGGACUGGACGAUGGCCGUGAUUUGCAGGAUGCUGAAUUUUACAAACAGCAAGUCAAGGCUUUGUUCAAGAAUCUUUCAAGAGGCCAGAAUGAGCCUUCAAGAAUGUCAAUUGAAACUGGCCCAUAUAUUUUCCAUUAUGUUAUAGAAGGACGCGUUUGUUAUUUGACGAUGUGUGAUCGUGCAUAUCCAAAGAAACUUGCCUUUCAGUACCUGGAAGAUCUCAAGAAUGAGUUUGAACGUGUUAAUGGUAGUCAAAUUGAAACUGCUGCCAGACCUUAUGCUUUCAUAAAAUUCGAUACAUUCAUACAGAAAACAAGGAAACUGUACCUGGACACACGAACUCAGAGGAAUAUUUCAAAGCUGAAUGACGAACUCUAUGAAGUCCACCAAAUUAUGACUCGCAAUGUUCAGGAAGUUCUUGGUGUUGGUGAAAAGUUGGACCAGGUCAGUGAAAUGUCCAGCCGGUUGACAUCAGAAUCUCGCAUAUAUGCUGACAAGGCAAAGGAUUUAAAUCGUCAGGCUUUGAUUCGGAAGUGGGCCCCUGUUGCCAUUGUGCUUGGAGUUGUCUUCCUUCUCUUCUGGAUGAAAAACAAAAUUUGGUGAUGUAUCCAGAUUGCUUUAGCUUCUCCAGCCUGCCGGUGAUGUAUCCAGCUUCCUUUAGUUUUCUCCAGCCUGCUGAUGAUAUGAGAUCUGGCUUUCUAGGUAUUUUGUAUGGAUGGGAACAAUCAGGCCAUCUGGGUGUUUGAUGGAAACCCUGAGAAUGAUAUUGGAUCGGGAAUCGGAACUGAAAGAACCAAAAGUGUUUUGGUGGGACCUUAGUCGGGAUUGUAUUACUCAUAUAUGUUAAAUACUGUUCACUGCGCUCA